AUGUCUAUACUUAUAUUGAAUCAAGUGGACGGUACUCGCUGUGUGGAUGUUUUCUUGGACAAUAUUGAGCUCCGUGUACCCCAGUCCUCAUCUGUUGUGUCAGUGCGUAAUGGUAUAGAGUUUAUUGUCCAUGUUUACAAGCUGAGGAAAGUCUCAGUCCGUGUGAGUCUACCCAGCUCUAACGGAGAGCUAAACUCGUUUUUUAAAUGUAUGAAGGAAAGCAAUACAACCCCACAAGAGAAUGUAAACGAAGUUAUGGAAAUAUUUCAAGAAGAGCUGGCCAUACACAAUUUCUUUUGUGAAAUAAAUCAGCAGUCUAUGGAAAUAGCAACUACCUGUGAAGUAGCAUCGGCCCGGUGUUUUGUGUCCUAUUUUAACCAAGCGAUUCUUAAACGCCAUACACAAGACCCCAACCUGUUUUGCUUGCACAAAGAAAGUUUUAAAAGCUGUAUUUCACAAACGCGGUGUAGCCUACAGACUAAGUCAGAGAUGGCUCUGAUGAUUGAUACAAGUGCAGGGGUUGGAAAUAAAAUACAUUGUGGUAAGUCGUGA